AUAGACAAAUACAUAUAUUUAUUUAAGUAUGGCAAGGAAUCGAUUGAUUCGACGACGCCGCUGUCAGAUUGUCAAACAUUGCAAUCUGUGACGGAAAGUGUGAAUGUGAAAUUAUUUUACAAUUUAAUUAUUAGAAAACAAGUGUAAGACAUGAAGAAACAUCAAACGAGAAAAUUAAACGAUCCAAUUAUAGUGUCCCGGGUGAAAAACUACCUCGCCGAGAAUGUGGACAAAACGUUCGUUGAUGUGAGCCAAAUGGCGCGUUCUCUGAAAGAGCGGUAUCGCGAAUACAACAACAAAAGCGACAACGUUUUUUGUCAAAUGGUAGAAAGUGCGUAUAAAGUGGUGUUACAAAGCUACGGCCUCGCCGGCGGCGCCUCUACGAGCGAAGCCUCCGAAGGUGAGGAGGAAUCCGAUUUAGAAAUGUUGGAAGAGAACCAGAGCGCGAUGAACGAUCGUUUGUUAGCAAUGUACAAAAAACGUGCGGUAAAUCGCCGCCCGACCGACAAGGACGGCGAACCUAUCGACAUAAUCAGCAGUGACGAGGACGGAGGCGCGGCGCCCAAGAUACCGAAAAUCAACGACCAGAUUACCAUCACUCCACACAUACCAAACCGCACCAAUGCUAAAGUAGACGACGUCAAAAACUCGUCGAAGCCGCAGCAAAACCAAACUCCGGCUGACAAAAAACGCAAAGCUGAAAGUAAUAAGAGCACUGUAUCUAAGAAAAAGGCAGAAUAUUUUGCCACAAAAAAUGUUAAGGUUAGUUUUGAAGACAUCGGUGGAAUCUCAGAAAUAAUAACACAGAUUUGUGACCUCGUUUUGCACAUGAAACACCCUGAAGUUUACACUCAGUUGGGUAUAAAGUCACCAAGGGGAGCAUUGUUACAUGGACCUCCAGGUACUGGAAAAACUUUGCUCGCCCAUGCUAUUGCUGGUAAGUUACAAUUACCAUUAAUAGCAGUCACUGGAACUGAAUUAGUAGGUGGUGUGUCUGGAGAAUCUGAAGAACGUAUCAGAGAGCUGUUUGAGAGGGCCGUGUCUGUGGCCCCGUGCAUUUUGUUUAUAGAUGAAAUUGAUGCAGUAUGCGGAAAUCGAAUACAUGCACAAAAAGACAUGGAGAAGAGGAUGGUCGCUCAGUUAUUAGCGAGUUUAGAUAGUUUAAGUGAAAACAGUGCUUCCGUUUUAGUAUUAGCUGCGACAAACAAUCCAGAUGCUUUAGACCCAGCAUUGCGUAGAGCUGGGAGGCUUGAACAAGAAAUUACGCUGGGAAUUCCCUCACUGAAAGCGAGGAAAGAAAUCCUUUCAAUACUUUGCAAAAACUUAGCACUUUCAGAUGAUGUGGAUAUGAGUACGCUCGCUCAAAUCACACCAGGUUUUGUGGGUGCAGAUUUGCAAGCACUUGUGAACAAAGCCAGUACAUAUGCUGUGAAAAGAAUAUUUGCUGAAAUACGUUUACAGAGCAAAGCACUGAGUCCAUCUACAACUGAUAACAACACAAAAGAUAAUGAGGAAGCAAAUGUCAUUCCAAAUGGAGACAAAGAAAGUGAUGAAAAUGUACCAAGAGAGCCAAAUGUAGAGAAUUCGGAGGAAAAACCUGUAGAACCAGAGAGUAGAGAAACUGAGACACAAAAUGCCCCAAAUGGAAAUGGAAUUAUAUCAAACCACACUGUUGUUUCAGCAGACAGUAAAUUGAUUGACCCAGUAGAUGAAGUUGUAAGUCUUCUGGAGGACACUAUGCCAUAUACUGAAGAAGAAUUGACGGGACUUGCAGUGAGGCAAGAUGACUUCCUGAAAGCACUGAAAACAACCAAACCUUGUGCUGUUAGAGAAGGUAUUGUCACAGUCCCUGAUGUAACAUGGGACGAUGUGGGAUCGUUGAAUCAAGUUCGCAAGGACUUGCAACUGGCUGUAUUGGCUCCUGUUAAAUACCCUGAACAGUUGAAAAAGCUUGGCUUGUCAGCACCCAGUGGUGUUUUACUAUGUGGCCCACCAGGUUGCGGUAAAACGUUAUUGGCAAAAGCUGUUGCAAAUGAGGCUGGAGUCAAUUUCAUAUCUGUGAAGGGCCCCGAAUUGCUAAACAUGUAUGUCGGUGAGAGUGAGCGAGCAGUGCGAACAUGUUUCAGACGCGCCCGUAAUUCUGCUCCAUGCGUAAUAUUCUUUGACGAAUUCGACGCGCUGUGUCCACGGCGUAGCUCACAUGAUAAUAACGGUGCUGCCAGAGUAGUGAAUCAGUUAUUGACAGAAAUGGAUGGUAUAGAAAGUCGUGAAGGUGUAUUUGUACUGGCCGCAUCUAACAGGCCAGAUAUCAUUGACCCAGCAGUGUUGCGGCCAGGCAGGCUAGACAGAAUAAUGUAUGUGGGAAUGCCAGGGUCAGAAGACAGAUUUGAUAUACUACAGAAGUUGACAAAAGGUGGCACACAACCUCAAUUGGGGCCAGAUGUAGAUAUGCAAGUGAUUGCGAGCUUGACAGAGGGAUACACUGGUGCCGACUUAUCUGGUUUAGUUCGAGCGGCUGCAACUAACUCGUUGACAAGCCACAUAGCUAACGGUACACUUGAAGAUAAUAUAUUUGUGUCACUUGAGGAUUUCAGAGCUGCACUUAUAAAAUGUAAGCCAUCUGUUUCGGUGAAGGAACAGUUGCAUUAUGAGAAGUUAAGAUUAAAGUAUGCCGGUGGCAAUGAUGAGAAAGAGAUGGAAAUGGAAAUUGAACCAACAAAUGAAGAAUCUAUGGAUACAUUGACAUAAGAAAAUAGUUUUAUAAGUAAAAUAGUAUUUCAAUUGUAUCACCCAUAUGUGUGUUAAAUGGAUAGUGCCAAUUUGAAUGUAAUUAUUUGGUGGCAUUCAUGUCUAAGUUCAAAAUACUGUUAGUUUAUAUAUCAAUGUAAGAACAUACUUUAAAUAAAAAAAAAACUGAUAAUACUAGUUUGAAUAUAUUAGUAUCUUUUAUUAUAUUGGUUUGUUGGUUUAUUUAUGUUGCUAUGGAAACUAGUGUUAGUUUAUGUCUGUAGUAUAUUGUAAAAUGUUGGUUUUCCAACUUGGAAUACAUAAUUUAUGCAUGUGCCUAUCCAUAAAGUUAAUCACGUUUUGUUUCUACAAAGUUUUACAUAAAAAAUGUGUAAAAUAUUAAAUAAAAAAAUUCACUACACAUUGACAAUAGUAAUGAAUUUAAAAAAAAAAACGACACAUGGACAAGGACAUGAGUUCUAAAUAGUCUUGUUUAGAAGAAAUCCAACAAACUUGGUGAGUUUUUCAUAUUAUUAUUUCAGUGAUACUUAAAAGUAAGAAAAUUCAUAGUUAAAGCAAUAAAUACCAGAACUUGUGUUCCAAAUAUAAACUUAAAUUGUGCAUGUUUUUUAUAGUUGAUAAUUAAUUUUCUGUGGACUUUAUAUAUUAAAUGAAAUAACUAUUGAAUCUGUUUUCUGCCCAAGUUGCUCUAGUUGAGAACUAAAUUAAUUUAUGGUACUUUUUUUUUCAAUCGGUCAUCUAAACCUAAUUAGUUAUAAUACAUACACUCUGUAGAUUAUUUUAGUAAACCAUUGCUGAGUUUCUGCACUUUUUAAAUCCAAUGACGAAUAAAUAUUUUAAUAAUA